CUUUGUUUGUCCAUCGAGCAGUGCGAAGGUGCCGUCAGUUGUGUCCGUGACUGUGUUGAAAAUUUGUAUCCAUUUUUCACUCAUUUUGUGGAGUAAGAAAUCAAUCGACAAUGGAAUAGUCCGGCAGUCUGACGUGAUAAGUUGGUGGGCAGAAAGGCUUCAGGCCGAACAUUAAACAAUUCCGUUUUAUUUCUGUUGGUGAUAAGUUUGACCAGGAAAAGUGAUGCAAUAUCAUCUAGUGGCGUCAGUUUAACGGGAAGCAUAGUGUAGAAAAUUUUAUACUUGAAAGCCAUAAUAGUUUUAUUUUUGCGAAACAUUCGUUAGUGUAUAAAAAAAAACCCUAAGUUCGAUUGUUUUAACCAACUGGCUAUUUAACACUUCAGAAGCCAUAUUUGUGUUUCUAUUGCAAAAGCAACGAAGCAGCCUCAAACAGACAGAAGAAAGUUUUUUUUUGUUUAUGGGAAAACGGUGUACAAGCCUGAAAAGAAAACUUACACGAACACAUACAGCAAUUUCGUAGGAAUAGGCACGCAUACAACAAAUCACAAUAACCCUCGACAGAUUCAAAUGUUUGUUUGGAAAAGGAGUAAAGACAAGGGUUAAGUCGCGACGGGAGGAAUUCAAAGCCUAAAAAAAUGAGAAGCCAUUAAUUAACAGAAAAUUCGAAAAUAUAUUAUGGAAGCAGUACGCAGAAGUGUUAGCGAACUCUAGCAGUCUGUGCGAUGAUCAGCCGAAGGUGAAAGUUGACAAACUGUAACAUCUGUGAUAUAUGUGUAGAUAUUAUUUUAAAUUAAUAUAAUCAAUAUACAAAACGACGACACUAUCCUGUCGAAGCGAAGCCAGAAGAGUUCAAAUUUAAGUCGAUUAAUCGCCUCAUAUUAAAAAUAUGCCAGCUUAAGGAGACGACGGCCUGGGUCCAGAUUCCAAAGAUAUUUGUCAAAUAUCUAAUGUUGCCAUCGCUAGCAAUCACUAAACAACGAGCAUAAAUCAUCUCCCAUCAUCUGCGUCAACAGUCAAAUAAUCUCUAGUAAAGUGAAAAAUCUCGCGCACCCACAUCGAAAUAACGACAGUAUUCUACGUUUAUUCGUGUACAAACUUCGCUCCCUGUACGGUACAAAGUCUCCAAAAAAAAAUCCGAUAUCAACAAACCGAACCAACACCGUUCCCAUCAUCAGUCCAGCGUUUGCGAGUAUUUACGUACGGGCGGGUGUGUGUGUCAGUGUGCGUAAAAGCUCCAGUGCCAAUGAAUUGAAUCUACUGACAGCGGAGUAGUAGCGUCGCGCAAUCACAGAAGCCUAUCAUCAGCUGAGAAAGUUUACGUGCUAGCACACGCACACAUUCCAUGGCAGAACAGCUGGUUGUGUGUGGUAGUACAUCAUCGCAGUAGCAGGCAGAGCAGCAGCCCCUUAGCAAACUGAAGUCUCCAUUCGGAUCGUCAUUGUAGAAUCUAAUCCCGAAUCGAAUAGUUCUUUGUUACUGACAUUGGGGUGAAGCAAAAGUGAGAGUUACAAUCACGGAAGCAUCCGGGUACUAGGCCAGCCCUCAGUAUGUCUGUCCCUGUACGCUGCUAUUCUGUCGAUACUAUGAACAACAACAUCGGUCAGCAACAGCACGUCGACAUCAUCAACGGUGGGAGCGCCCGAAUGGAUGACGACGAGUCGAUGAUGCUGAGCAAAGUUCAGGUAUCCGAGGAGAUGCAACAAGAUCAGCGGAUGUUGUUAGAGGGCCGGCUUGGGACACCGGAUGCUGCUGAUGCAGUUCUUAUGGCACCGCCGGACGACUAUCACCUGAUGCCGUCCGGUGCUUCCACCAGCAAUGAUGGUCACCUCACCGGAGGUGACGCCACCACGGACUUGGCCGGUGCCAGGUCGCUAUCCCUACAGCAGAAACAAUCACUAUCAUCAUCAUCAUCACCGCAGCAUCAGCAGCAACCGCCUCCUCAUCCAGCCCAGUCCGGACUGUCGUUCGAGCAGAUGAUGGCCAAGCUGAGCGAACUGCUUGCCUUGGAACCGAAGUACCAGCCGAAUCUCUACCUGCCCCAGCAGUCAUGCAAUGGCGAAAUUACCAUCGGUACCCGGGAUGGCGCCGCACACGUGCUGCGCUGCCUCAAGGUCUGGUACGAGCUGCCGAAUGACGUCCUGUUCGCGGCCAUUAACUUGGUCGAUCGGUUCCUGACCAAGAUGAAGGUACGCCCGAAGCACAUGGCCUGCAUCUCGGUCAGCUCCUUCCAUCUGGCGGUGCAACAGCUGGCCCUGCCGCAGAUCGACACCGAAGAUUUGGUUGCUAUUUCACAGUGCCGUUGCACGUCACGUGAUCUAGUACGAAUGGCGGACAUUGUAGCCAACAAACUCGGUGUCCAGAUGAACAGCGCCCCGGUAACGGCGUUGGCCUUCAUCCGGUUGUUCUACUACAUCUUCGAGAAUGCCGCUAAUGCCCUCGGUCUGAGCGAUAUCUUUUCGUCGGCCAUUUCGUUGGCGGAUCUGGAGAUGCGGCUGGAGAUUCUGGCUUGUGAUGCUAGCUGCGCCAGCAUCCGUCCCUCGGAGCUGGCUCUGGUCAUGAUCUUCACCCAGAUGGACGCACACGUCAGUGCGAACAAGGAGAUCGGGUUGUUCAAUCGCCAGAUUCAUGAUCUGGUUGAUUAUGCCAUCCAUCUGCAAAAGUUUUGUCGUAUUCCCGACAGCAGCUUCUUCUACAGUCACAGUAUUGUUGCGAAAAUUCUGUCGCAGUACAACGGCCAACACAAGAUGCCGUACAAACAGCGGCUGGUUUGGAAACUCUCGUCCCGAACCAUGAAGGUGUUGCGCCCGACCGACAAGCUCACCUCGUACCUGCCCACGAUCGCAGAACAUCACGCCCAUAACAGUCACGUUAACAAUAAUAAUCUUAGAUUUAGAACUGGCAGCGUUAGCUCCGAAGACGACGGCGAAGAUUGGCCCACUUCACCCAUUGUGGCAGUUUGUGAACAGUUUGACGAGUAAUUCCGACUCCCGCCACUACGGCGCACGAACUCCGUAAUAACGCAAGCAAACGCGUGUGUAAGUGAGCUAAUAAAAGUGUCGAACCUGUGUGACGAGUGCGGCGCCCUCUAUUUCUGUUCUAAAAAAAACUACAACAUUUGUACUACCACAAUAAUUAUACUAGUGGUAGAAUUAUUAUUUUUGUUAACUUUGAUUCAUCGCUGCCUCCCAAGUGUGUUAUCUGGCGGGUAGUUUAAUGAAAAAAAAGACACGUGACUAAAAAAAAGUUGAUACGUGGGACGUGUGAGACGAUCGAAAAAGAAGAAGAGCUAAGAAAAAUCUUUUUGUGUGAGUUUUCUUUUCUGAAAGAAGACUCCGGCUGAGGAAGAGACUCUGUGAGCAGCAACUUUGUGGCUAACAAUAAUAGUGAAUAACAAAACACAAGGAUAGUGGACAGGUUUCUGCUUUGCACGCCUGAGCAAUCGACACCAAAACCGUGGACAGAAGUAUAAAACAAGGACAACUGUAUGCUGGAUUCUGUACAAGGAAUCCCCAACAUUACAACAACCAGUCUAACAUUCAAGCAAGCACAUACACCACGCACACGCUAAACUCGUUCAUUCGUUCGUUCGUUUGUUCGCUAGCUGAAGGACACCUCUGCUCUACUGCUUUAGAGGAAGGACACCGACCGAGAGAGAAAGAGAGGACGGGUUGUGUGUGUGCGCCAGUGUAAGCACUGUAUUUUUACUGUUUUGAUUUUUUACCUAGAUCUAAUUAAAUACAGAUUUAAUUAAUCUAAGCCAGCUAAAAACAAAAUCCACACAAAAAAACGCGAACAAAAUCAUUGGGAAAAUUAUUACUAAAAAGAUUAAAAAGCAUAAAAUAAAAUCAAAAAAAGUACAAAAUAUACAAAACGUAAAAAAAUCUAGGACAUAGGUGUUUAACGCGUAGGUCGAAAGCAAAAAAAAAGCAGAGAAGAUUAAGAACGAGAAUUAUUCGACAGGUUUAAAAGCAGAGAGAAUAGGGAAAAAAGACUUGACCGCCAAUUCAUUUGUUAGAGAGACGAACAGCAGGAAGAAGGAAAAAAUCUCACAAAUCUUACAUCUUCUGUGGAAAAAAAAUAUUAAGCAGCACGCCGCACUUUUUGCAAGAAGACGAAAAACAAAACGCGAAAAAUCAUUCAAUAAGCCAGUACUGAUUGUGUUAUUAGAUAUUUUACGCAUACGAAAGUGGAAAAAAGAAUAUAACCGUUAAACCGUUAUGCUUGUGUGAUUUUUGUAGUAGAGUUUCUCUCAUUUCUUUUCUGAUACAUAAAGGAAUCCCAGAAAAAAAACUUAAAAUCCCGGUUGUUUUUCGGCGUUGAAAGUCUGUUCUAGGUCGACAAACGCCGAAAAUCAAGCUGUAAAUCGCCAAAAGGAAAACAUUUAAAACUACGCAAAAAAUCCAAAAAUACAGAAAAAGUAAAAAAGUCAAAAAAAUAAUUUUAUUCUGUGUAGUAGUGAAACUUUGUCUAAUCGCUUUUAUAGCAAAUAAGGAAGUUAAAAUAAAACACACACACUCACAAAUCAACCCGUUAUAUCCAAAUAACGAACAUCAACAAAAGGGAAAAGAAUAGAGAAUUCAGCUACAAAAAGCUAUUAGUAAAUCAAUCUACACACCAAUAACAAUUGAAGAAAAACCCUUUUACGUUUCUGUAUUUCAACAUUGUCGUAGUAAUAUCUGUGAGAAAAACAGAAAGAGAGAGAGAGAGAAAACAAAAAUCGGUCAAACAAACCAAAUCCAGAGAGAAACGAAAAGCCAAGAGAAAAAACGGAACUGGAAAAUCUCUUUUUCCGCGUCGCGAAACAUUGAGACGACGCAACAACGUACUACCCCCGAAAAUCACAACAAAAAACAAUGGUAGUAGCAUCAUCACCCUACUACUACUACUACUACAGCAGUAAUAGUAGCAGUAACCGUAUCGUAUCGGUUCACGACUUCACCCGAAGCUUGGACAACAUGAACACAGUGUGACGAAAGGGGGGGAUGCAGCGUGCCCUAUUUUGUUGUAACAUCUUCUUCAGCCGAUACUUUCACCGAUCACGUUGCUUGUACUGGAAAACCGGAAGAAAAAUCUUUUUUUUUGUUUCACCGCUAUCUUUGAUCUCGAAUACUUCCGGUUGACGGUCGUACGACGUGAACGCGAUAUUAAACAAACAAACAAAAACAAAUAGGUGCGCUGCAUCCCCCCUACAUUUCUAGCACUACAGAGCUGUGAAUCGAAUACAAAUAAUAAACAAAAAAGAAACUAGCAAAAUGAAACAAAUCUUGUCUCUGAAAGUAUAAUAAAUCAGAAUGUUAACGAGCGAAAACAAAGUGAGUAAAACAAGCUGAGAAUAUAGUAUUUUAACUAUUAAAUAAUAAUUUAUAAACAAAGUUAUUGUGAUUCGAUUUAUUUAAAAAAUAAACCCUACUCACGGAAGAAAUUCCGGUGAAAAAGGGAAGAAAGAUGUCAAAAGUUAUCUUUUUGUGUAACUAAAUCCGUUAUUUUUUUUAACCGAAAGUAAAACAAAACUACAAGGCAAACGCUAGAAGAAGCAGAAGAAAAAAAAUGUGUGUACCUUCCUUUCCCUCUUUAUAUUUUUUUUGUAAAUUAUUUUUCCUGUUUUUAACAAAUUAUUUAUUUACAAAACAGACAAACGAUGCAAUACGAGCGAAGCGUCAAAGAAUCAAAGCAAGAGUAGUAAACCUAACUCGUUGUGCUGUGGCAAGAGACAAACAAAGAUAAACCGAAAAAGAGAUUUUUAUUCACCCAAUUCCAUCACGCGUGUGUAAGUUUUGUUUCACAAUAGAGGAAGAAAAAAAACAUCUCAUCGAAUUCAACAACAACAAAAUGAAAAAUCGCACUUUAUAAUUCUCGUUCGUUUUUUUUUAGUUGUAAAUUCGUGUAAUCGUACUUCAAAAACCAAACUUUUUUUAUAUAUAUAUAUAUACUUGUAUGUACUUUCCAAUAC